AGGACGCGGUGAAAAAAAAAAUUAAAAACAAAUAAAUAAAUAAGUAAAAUACACCCCCCUCCAUUUUCCCCGCUCCAACCCGCCGGCCUGCAGGAGCGGAUAAAGGGCAAUGCGAUUAUUCUUAUUUCUGCUCUUACUGCUGCUCCGUGAUUCGCGCGGGUAAGUGAUCCGAUCAAACCGAUCGAUAAGGUGAUCGGCUGGGGAUGGAGACGCCGCGCUGCCCGUGACUGGGGCACAAUCAGCAGGCAGGAGGGGGGGUCUGCGCGGGUCCGUAGGUGGGGCUGGGGCUGGUUUGGGUUUGGUUUGGUCUGUUCCUGCCUGGAAGAUGGCAGCUUAUUAAAAAUUAAUCUGAUACGCAUCGGCGCGACGAAGAGGAGAGGAGAGGAGUGAAGAGGAAGAGGAGGAGGAGGAGGAGAGGAGAGGAGGAAGAGGAGAGGAAGGAUGGACGACAGGCACUAAAGCCCCCAAAAGGGAGGAUACAGGAGCACGAGAAGCGUCGUCUGAACCGAGAGGGAAACUGAGUGGCUGACUCCGCCCACUCCACCUGGCCCUGCCCUUUUCCUACCUGCCACCAUGGCACUGUCACUAUGGCUACUGUGGAUGUUUGCUGCCUCGCUUAGCAACAUCGCCCCCUCUGAACAAGGUCUGAGCAGGGCGGCCAUGCCGUUUGGUCUGAUGCGAAGAGAGCUAGCGUGUGAAGGCUACCCCAUAGAACUCCGCUGCCCAGGAAGCGAUGUGAUCAUGAUCGAGACGGCCAACUAUGGCCGAACGGAUGACAAGAUCUGCGACGCAGACCCCUUUCAGAUGGAGAAUGUCCAGUGUUACCAACCAGAUGCCUUCAAGAUCAUGUCUCACAGGUGUAAUAACCGGACACAGUGCGUGGUCGUUGCAGGGGCCGACGUAUUUCCUGACCCCUGUCCAGGAACAUAUAAAUACCUGGAGAUCCAAUAUGAGUGUGUUCCAUACAAAGUGGACCAAAAAGUUUUCGUUUGUCCCGGCACUCUGGUGCGCGUGCUGGAUGUUAGUUCAAUGAAGGAGGCAGAGCAUCAGUCUGGAGCCUGGUGUAAAGACCCCCUGCAGGCUGGUGACCGCCUCUACGUGAUGCCCUGGACUCCUUACCGCACGGACAUGCUGUUCGAGUAUGCGUCCUGGGACGAUUACCGGCAGAACAGAGUCACCACCACCUACAAGCUGCCGAGUCGAGUGGACGGCACAGGUUUCGUGGUGUACGACGGCGCCGUGUUCUACAAUAAAGAGCGAACGCGCAACAUUGUGAAGUACGACCUGAGGACGCGCAUCAAGAGUGGAGAGGCCAUCAUCACCAACGCUAAUUACCACGACACCUCACCAUACCGCUGGGGGGGCAAAUCCGACAUCGACCUGGCCGUGGACGAACACGGCCUGUGGGUCAUUUAUGCCACAGAGGCCAACAACGGACGACUGGUGGUCAGCCAGGUGAACCCGUACACUCUUCGUUUCGAGGGUACGUGGCAGACCAGCUUUGAGAAGCGGAUGGCAUCAGACGCCUUUGUGGCGUGCGGAAUCCUGUACGCGGUGCGUUCGGUGUAUCAGGACGACGACAGCGAGGCCGGAGGGGACCUGAUCCUGUACGCCUACGACACGCGUCGUGACGCCGAGCGCCCUGUCCACAUUGCGUUCCCGAACCCGUACCAGCACAUCUCCUCCAUCAGCUACAACCCCAGAGACAACCAGCUGUACGUGUGGAACAACUACAAUGUCCUGAGAUACCAGCUGGAGUUCAGCCCCGCACAGCCCACCAACGACCCUCUCUCCACUCCUCUUCUCUCCUCCUCCCUCUCUCCUCUCUCCUCUACAGUGUUUCUGGGAUUCAGCCCCUCGCCCCCUCCCUCAGUGACCUACAACCCUGCAGGGGCGAUAAACCGCGCUCCGGCCGGUCGCCCCUUCACCGCCACCGUGCCGGUCACCGUGCGGCCACGGCGCACGCACACUCAAACUCCGCACACGCGCAUGUGCGAGGGGCGCGUCAGCAGAGGGGUUCAGUGGCCCCCCACACACCGAGGAGAGACAGUGGAGAGACCCUGCCCUAAAGGAUCGCUCGGCAUAGCCUCCUAUCAGUGUAUGGCUGAUGACGUGGUGUGGAACACCCGUGGUCCAGACCUCAGUAACUGUACUUCACCCUGGGUCAGCCAGGUCGCUCAGAAGAUAAAGAGUGGGGAGAAUGCAGCCCAUGUUGCUGCUGUGCUUGUCAAUCACACACGGGGGCGUGUCUAUGCUGGUGAUGUCACUUCCUCUGUGCGUCUGAUGGAGCAGCUCCUGGACAUCCUGGACUCACAGCUACAGGCUUUGCGGCCGGCCAGCAAAGACUCAGCCGCCCGCAACUACAACAAACUCCAGAAGAGAGAGAGAACCUGCAGAGCGUUCAUUCAGGCUUUGGUCCAGACGGUGGAUAACCUGCUGCGCUGGGAGGCUCUGGACUCGUGGCAGGACAUGAACGUAACGGAGCAGUCCCACACUGCCACCAUGGUGCUGGAUGUCAUGGAGAAGGCGUCCUUCCUGCUGGCCAACAACCUGUACGAGGGGCGCUUCAGUGACCGAGCGCCGAACGUGGAUCUGGAGGUGUACGUGCUGAACACAGAGAUGGGGAUCAGAGAUUUACACUUCCCUCACUCCUACGACAGCGACAGCACCAUCCACCUCUCGCCCGCCACCAUCAAACAGUACAGCCGCAACGGUCAGGUUAAGGUGGUCUUCGCUCUCUAUAAGAAUCUUGGCUCCUUCCUGUCUACCCAAAAUGCCACGGUGAAGACGGAGGCAGAGCUAAAGCCGGGGGGGCGGAACCUGGCGGUCAAUUCACAUGUAAUCUCUGCUUCCAUGAAUAAGGAGUCCAGUCGUGUGUUUCUGACCGAACCGGUCAUCUUUACUCUACGACACUUACAGUUGGAGAAUCACUUCAGUCCAAACUGUUCGUUCUGGAACUACUCUGAGCGCUCAAUGACCGGACAGUGGUCCUCUCAGGGCUGCAGGCUGAUAGACACCAACAACACACACACCACCUGCUCCUGCUCACACCUCACCAACUUCGCCCUGCUGAUGAACCACCAGCAGCCUGCAUAUCCGGGCGGAGUUCAGGGAUUAAUCCUCUUUGUAAUCACCUGGGUGGGUAUGGUCAUUUCUCUGGUUUGUUUGGCGCUGUGUAUUUCCACGUUCUGCUGUCUGAGGAGUCUCCAGAGUGACCGCACCACCAUCCACAAGAACCUGUGCCUCAGUCUCUUCAUCUCCCAGCUCCUCUUCCUCAUCGGCAUGGAGAGCAAAGACUACACUGUGGUGUGUCCGGUUCUGGCCGGUUUCCUCCAUUUCUUCCUGCUGUCCGCGUUCUGCUGGCUGUGUGUAGAAGCUGUGCAGCUGUACGUUCUGCUGGUGGAAGUGUUUGAGAGCGAGACGUCCCGCAGGAAGUAUUAUUACCUCUCUGCUUAUGGCUUCCCCCUGCUGGUGGUGGCCAUCUCCGCCGCCAUCGACUACAGGAGCUACGGCGGCAGCCCCAGAGCUUGCUGGCUCAGUGUGGAUAACUACUUCAUAUGGAUGUUUAUUGGUCCUGUCUCCCUCGUUAUCUUGCUGAACCUAGCUGUUCUGGUCAUCACCGUGCACAGGAUGAUCCGCCACUCCACCGUGCUUAAGCCCGACUCGAGUCGCUUCGACAACAUCAAGUGUUGGACAGUUAGUUCAGUCACUCUGCUGUUGUUGGUCACUUUAACGUGGAUUUUCGGCCUGCUCUUCAUUAAUGAGUACAGUGUGGUGAUGGCCUAUCUCUUCACUUCCUUCAACGCCCUGCACGGCCUUUUCAUCUUCAUCUUCCACUGCGCCCUGCAGAAGAAGGUUCAGAAGGAAUACGGUAAAUGCUUCCGUCAGUCAUCCUGCUGCGGCCACGCCUCCUCUUCUGGUUCCCACGGUUCCCUCAAGAGCUCCGCCCACCGUGGCAACAAUCGCUACUACAGCGGGGGCCAAUCCAGACACGCUCCCGCACACAGACAGAGUCGAAUCAGAAGGAUGUGGAACGACACGGUUCGCAGACAGACUGAGUCUUCCUUUAUGGCUGACCUCAAUAACACACCCACCCUCAAUAGAGGAACUAUGGGUAAUCACCUGCUGGCCAAUCCUGUGCUGCAGACUCGCUCUGGCUCCUCUCCCUAUAAUACACUUUUGGCAGAAACCUUCAACCCGUCUUCAACAGCAGUCUUCAACUCCACUGGUACCUUCAGAAACUCAAAGGGCACUCUGUCCCGUAGCCGUGAGUCGUGCGGAUUGGAGGGAGUUCGUCUAAACGGAAACUACAACAACAGCUACUCUGUCCACGGCGGGAGCUCCGACCUGCUGGGAGGCGUUCCUGUGGGUGCCGGGGGUGUUUCCGGAGAUGUUAGCCCCGCCCUCUUGACCCCCAGAGGGGCAGAGCCGCCAGGCAGCGGAUUGAGGAGGAACCUUUCGGAUGCAGCAGCGCUGGAGAAGAUGAUCAUCUCCGAGCUGGUCCAGAGCAACCUGCGCCCGGCCACUGACCGCUACGGAACGACCGCCGAAUCAGCAACAGAGCGACAGGACUAUGUUUCCUCAGCGAUGGGACACAGUCACAGGGAACCGCCUCAACGCCCACUGCCCCGCCCGCCGCCGCCUCCGCCGCAGGACGAGGACGAGCCGCUCUACAAGGCUUUGGAGAAGCCCCGCCUACCUGAUAAGCCACGCCUUCCUGAAAAACCCCGCCUUCCUGAGAAGCCACGCCUCCUGGAACACGCUCAGUCCGUGUUCUACCAGAGUGAGGAGGACUCCGAAAGCUUCUCGGCUGAAAUUACAGACAGUGUGGGUGGAGCCGGGCCUGACUCCGCCUCCCUGUACGCGAGGGACAGGGACUCGUCCUAUCCCGACAGCAGCCCAGAGGGUUUGGGGACAGAGCCUCGGUCGGCCCUGCCCCCAGACGAGCUUUACUUCAGCACGGGACGCCAUGCCCACGUCUCUGCCUUCUACCAGCCCCCGCCGCGACGGACCAAUGAGGAGGCUCGGCUGGGGCUGGAGCCCGCCCACGGAGAGGGUGAUGGACAGAUGCAGCUGGUGACGAGUCUGUGACUAGGGCGCUGGUGACCAGGACACGGAGAUCUGGGGGAGGAAGAGGAGGUGUGAUGUCGCCAUCAUCAUCAUCAACAUCAUCAUCAUCAACAUCAACUACUGUACUGCUGUACAGAUGGAAAGUUUUAUGAAAGAUCGUUAUUAUCUGGUGGUUUUGGUGAGCCUUCACCUUAAAUUACAUACUUACAAACUCAUAUCUGACUUAAAAGUCUCCAAAACUUGAUGUACGCCACAGUUCAACUCAAUCUGAGUCUUUUAAUAUGAUUAAAAAUACACAAAAGUGACUGCAGGGGCUAUUUUAAUGGAAUACAGACAAUAAAAACAAUACAUCCUGUUUUCUUUCUAUUCAAAAAUAGUCCAAGCAUUUAGUUUUAGUCAAAAAGCAUCAUGCAUACUUUAUUAAAUAUUAGAGUCAAUUACAAUCUAUUCUAUUCAAAUAUUCUACACAAGAUUGGUGCAGUUACAUUAUAUUUCAC